CACGAAUUGGAGGUGAAUCGAGGUGGAAAGGGUCGAACCCAACAAUCGGACGAGGACCAAAGGUAUACAGAAACAGUUUGUCGUUGCUCGCAACUAUUUGACUAGCAUGACAUAUAAGAUCAUCACGAAGGUCCAGGACAAGAGCGUCUUUUGUCCAUUUUCCGGAUUCGGAACAAAAUACGUCGACUUUCGCAGACUUGGUCGUCCCACUCUCAUCUUUAUACAGGGAGGGCGAUCCAUUGCUUCGUAAACACGUUGCAGACAAAUAACGAUCGGACGAAUGUCGGAUCGAUCCACCUCGAGUACGAAAACCCGCAUAAAAUCAAG